GGCAGGGGCAGCAGCUGUUUUGCUUAGAUCUUAGCAAGUCUCCAGUCUCACCAUGAGGGAAUGCAUUUCCAUCCACAUCGGCCAGGCUGGCGUGCAGAUGGGCAAUGCCUGCUGGGAGCUGUACUGCCUGGAGCAUGGGAUCCAGGCAGAUGGGACCAUUCCUGGCUCCAAGCAGGUGAAACCUGUGGAUCCCAACUCGGAACAAGUGGAUUCUUCCUUUGAGACUUUCUUCUGCGAGACAGCAUCUGGGAAACAUGUGCCCAGGGCAGUGUUCAUAGACCUGGAGCCAACUGUCAUUGAUGAAAUCAGGACUGGGACCUACCAUGGGCUCUUCCACCCAGAGCAGCUCAUCAGUGGGAAGGAAGAUGCUGCCAACAACUAUGCCCGUGGCCACUACACCAUUGGGAAGGAGAUCAUAGACACUGUCCUCAGCCGAAUCCGGAAAAUGGCUGACCAGUGCAGUGGACUCCAAGGCUUCCUGGUCUUCCACAGCUUUGGGGGAGGCACAGGCUCUGGCUUCACCUCCCUCCUCAUGGAGCGUCUCUCCGUGGAGUACAGCAAGAAGUCCAAGCUGGAGUUCUCUGUGUACCCAGCCCCACAGGUCUCCACAGCAGUGGUGGAGCCCUACAACUCCAUCCUCACCACCCACACCACUUUGGAGCACUCAGACUGCUCCUUCAUGGUGGACAACGAAGCCAUCUAUGACAUCUGCAACCGCAACCUGGACAUCGAGCGUCCCACCUACACCAACCUCAACAGGCUCAUUGGGCAGAUUGUCUCAUCUGUCACUGCCUCUUUGAGGUUCAAUGGUGCUCUGAAUGUUGACCUGAUUGAAUUUCAGACCAACCUGGUGCCUUACCCAAGGAUACACUUCCCCCUCACCACCUAUGCCCCCAUCAUCUCGGCAGAGAAGGCCUACCAUGAGCAGCUCUCAGUGCCAGAGAUCACCAAUGCUUGCUUUGAGUUCUCCAACCAGAUGGUGAAGUGUGACCCACGCCGUGGCAAGUACAUGGCCUGUUGUCUUCUCUACCGUGGGGACGUGGUGCCCAAGGACGUCAACGCUGCCAUCGCAGCCAUCAAAACCCGAAGGUCCAUCCAGUUUGUGGACUGGUGUCCCACAGGUUUCAAGGUUGGCAUCAACUACCAACCUCCCACCGUGGUGCCUGGAGGAGACCUGGCCAAGGUGCAGAGAGCUGUCUGCAUGCUGAGCAACACCACGGCCAUCGCCGAGGCCUGGGCACGGCUGGACCACAAGUUUGACCUGAUGUAUGCCAAGAGAGCCUUUGUGCACUGGUAUGUGGGGGAAGGCAUGGAGGAAGGAGAGUUCUCAGAGGCCAGGGAGGACCUGGCUGCCCUGGAGAAGGAUUAUGAGGAGGUUGGAAGGGACUCUGCAGAUGGAGAAGAUGAUGAGGCUGAGUAUUAACAAACUGCAGCUUGUUCUUGAAGUCAAACCUCAGCUGAAAUCCAAACCAAGGUUAAAGUGGUCCUGAGUGCCUUGGAGGUGGCCAAGGGUUGUCCUGAACCUCAGUGGUACUGUUUGACCUCUUCAACCCUUCCUGCUUGCAUAGUCUCUGUGCUCAUAGAGCAAUUGUAGCAUGGGUGUCUUGAGCUUGAUCACGCUGCUGUUGAUUGAUGAGUGAAGCUGCAUAGGGACCUGACUUAGUGUCAGGGCCACAUCCUGCCCAGGCAGGAGAUCCAAAUGGUUCCUGCUCCAAGGGAAUGUUGCAAGCUGCCUGCUUUGGCUGAAAUGGCCAACUCUAGCUCUGGCUUUUCCUGUCAAAGCACCUUUUGAAUUAGCAAUGCACAUGUAGACUUCUCUGCAACUCUUUUUGUAUAUGAAUAAAGACUCUUUUGGCUUUGA